GAAGCAGCUUUGGUGACGCUUCAGAAACACGUUGAGCUAAGUUGUCAAUCAACCUGGCACCAAACGCUCGACAGUCAAAGCCAGAGCAUUAAUUACAGAUUCAGGCUUUAUUUAGUAGCAGUAUGAAAGGCGCUGCAUUUGCUUGUUUUUCGACGUGACUCCAAACCUCAAGAGGAUAUGCUGUGUUUUUAUCUCACAGAAUCUCAUUCAGGAAGGAAGCACUUGCACUGGAAACCUGCAGACCAGAGCUAACCCAUUUUAUUUUUUGACUGCUUCACGGCUCAUUUCUCUCUGCACUUUGUGGAAAUGAGAACGACAUUAUUCCUGCUGCACGCCAUCUCAUGCUACUGGUUGGUCAGUGCCACACUUUCAAAAACUGAUGCGAAGAAGUCGCAUAAAGCUGAGGCCGAGACUUCUCCAGCUGAGUUAUCCGUGUUGGAGAGAGGCCUUGUUGUGUCAGACCCUCACUGGAAAGACAUAGUAAAAGAGGAAAAGAGACAUUGCACACAAAUCAAGAAAACAUUUCAAGGACAUGUUCUUGGAUAUGUCACACCUUGGAAUUCCCAUGGCUAUGACAUUGCGAAAACAUUUGGCCCUAAACUGACUUCAGUGUCUCCAGUGUGGCUUCAGGUCCGCCGAAGAGGCCCUGAAACAUUUGAUGUUACAGGACUCCAUGAUCACGACCCAGGCUGGGUCAAAUCUGUACGAAAAUCCAACAAAAAAGUCAGGAUGUUGCCGCGGCUCUUAUUUGAUGGCUGGUCUUACCAGGACUACAUGAGUGUGCUGGGGAGUGAAGAUGAAAUUGAGGAGCUUGGAAGUGAGCUGGUGGAUGUUGCAAAGACUGAAGGUUUUGAUGGUUUCACCUUGGAGAUGUGGAGCCAGCUGGGAGGCAACAAAAGAAAAGAGCUGGUCCACAUGGUGAAACACAUAUGUGAGAUGUUGAAGGCAAAAAAGUUGGACUGCAUUCUUGUUAUUCCGCCAGCUGUGACAAGCACAGGGCAGCCAGGAAUGUUUGGCAGGGAGGAGUUUGAGCAGUUGGCCCCUGUCGUCGAUGGAUUCAGCCUUAUGACGUACGAUUACUCCAGUGGUGGCAGAGCAGGCCCAAGCUCUCCUCUACCCUGGGUGAGAGACUGUGUACUUCAGCUGGCGCCCAAUACUCAGUGGAGGCAGAAGAUCCUGCUUGGAUUUAAUUUGUAUGGUCUUGACUUUGCAAGCCAGGAAACAGAGCCAAUCCUAGGAGGACGGUACAUUGAGCUUUUGCGAGAACACCGGCCAAAACACCUGUGGGAUGAAUAUUCUGGCGAGCAUUACUUUAGCUACAAGAGGAACAAUGGAGUCAAGCAUGUGGUGUACUAUCCAUCACUAAAGUCGAUCUAUCUACGGGUUUCUUUGGCAACUGAACUUGGAACGGGGAUUUCCUUAUGGGAAUUGGGACAAGGACUGGACUAUUUCUAUGAUCUCCUAUGAGAGUGGAUUUCAAAGUGAAAACUGUGGACCUAAAAUCAUCAACACAUUUUCUCUUUUUCCCAAAUAUGUUGCACAAAAAAAUUAAGGCUAUAAGCUCAAGCUGGUGUAAAUCUUCUUUUAUAAGUGGGUGACGUGAUCUCAACCUGUUCGCGGUUUAAAAGUCAAUUUGAACAAAUCUGGGAUUUGUUGAUUCAGAGGAUGCUAGCUGUGGAUGAUAGGUACCUAAUUAAGUUGUAUUCUUUUUCAUGAAACCGACUGAAAGAAAUCAACUUGUACAGUUCAGUCAGAGUGCAGUAACAUCUCCAUUUCACAACGAAGGUGCAUGAUCAUUAAUAUGUACAUGUAUGUGAAAAUGAAGGGUUAUUUUUCAGAGGCCUUCUGAAAUCUGAAGCCUCUCUUCAGUUCAAACCUCCAUUUCUCAAACCAUUUUGCACACAGGGAAUUUGAUGGUUUCUGCUUGCUGUGAAGAUGCAUCAAUUUUAGCUUUGUCUUGCAUCGGACAACCCAAGUUGCAGCUUCUUUUAACCUUCAAAUCAAGGCAUUUGAUUGUCCAGUUUUAUUAAUUUUAUUCUUUGUAUUAUUGACACGGGUCAAAAUUAUAUACAGUGUUGUCAAACAUCUGUUCUGACACGGACUCUUCCAAUAUUUGUCUGGAAUGAAUGUUUUAAUUACAUGAAUAUAAACUUGGAAUGACUCA